CAAGUGAAAAGAAAGGAAAAAAGACACCCUCCGUGUCUGGAGCAUGAACACCUUUAUUUUUUCGGUCUCUUUGACAGAAUCAAUUAAUUCGCAGUGCAACAAUUGACGGAAAGCAACAAAUGCCUUUCGACUGAAAAAAGAAAACACAUGUUAUUCCGAGGAUUCGAAGUGCCGACCUAUUGGAAUCUCUCUUAAUGUCAUCGCGAGCCAAAAUUCGGGCAAAUCGCUAAACUGAAGGGCUGGUUAUGUUCGCCGCGAAUUGUGGGCAAAUUCCGGGAAGGAUUUUGAACCGAAAUUGUGAGGUUACUGUGUUUCCCAGUUAAAACUGCCUCACUUUUGUCUGAAUUCAGUUAUCACUAAGCCUGUUCUGAGUGUGAUUGAAAAUGAGCGUCAUUGGACUGGACAUCGGCAACGAAAACUGCGUUGUAGCGGUGGCAAAGCAGCGUGGUAUUGACGUGGUUUUAAACGAUGAAUCGAAGCGAGAAACCCCCGCAAUGGUCUGUUUCGGCGAAAAACAGCGGUUUCUUGGCACAGCGGCAGUGGCCUCGGCUACUAUGAAUCCCAAAUCCACCAUAUCACAGAUCAAACGACUCAUUGGAAGGCAGUUUUCUGAUCCGGAGGUACAGAAGGACCUCCGCCUCUUUCCUUUUAAGGCUUCAGAGUCCCCCUUGGAUGGCGGUGUUCUAAUACAUGUCAAUUACAUGUCAGAAAACAAUACAUUCACCCCGACACAAAUCCUCGGUAUGAUUCUGUCAAACCUGAAGCAAAUUGCCAUGAAGAGCUUGGAAACCACGGCAGUUUCCGACUGUGUGAUUGGAAUACCGGCCUAUUUUACAGAAUUGCAGCGGCGGGCGUAUUUAGAUGCGGCUACCAUAGCUAAACUUGAGCCUCUUCGUCUAAUGCAUGAGUCUGCGGCAAUUGCUCUUGCUUAUGGUAUUUAUAAAACAGAUUUGCCUGAAACCGAGCAAAUAAACGUUGUAUUUGUGGAUGUAGGGCACUCUGACACGCAAGUAAGCGUUGCAGCCUUUAAAAAGGGCCAAUUAAAGAUGCUCAGCCAUGCCUUUGACAGAUCCUUAGGCGGCAGGGAUUUUGACGAGGUUCUUUUCAAUCAUUUUGCCGAGAAAUUUAAAAAAGACUACAAAAUUGAUGUUCUUACAAAUCUUCGCGCGAGCUUGAGGCUUCGUGCUGCUUGUGAGAAGCUGAAGAAGGUUCUCAGUGCAAACGCAGAGGCGCCGCUUAAUAUUGAGUGUUUAAUGGAGGAGAAGGAUGUGCGAGGGUUUAUCAAAAGGGAGGAGUUUGAGAGGCUUUCGUUUGAUUUGUUGGAGAGGAUCAAGGUGCCCUGCCAGAGAGCUUUGGAGGAGGCUCAGUUGACCUUGGAUAAGAUAUAUGCAGUGGAGGUUGUGGGAUCCGGUUCAAGAAUUCCUGCAAUUAUGAGGGUUUUGAGUGGGUUCUUUAAGAAGGAAUUGAGUAGAACUCUGAAUGCCAGCGAGUGCAUUGCCCGAGGUUGCGCGCUUCAGUGUGCUAUGCUCAGCCCUACCUUUAGGGUUCGUGAAUUUGAGGUUCAAGACUCUUUUCCUUUCUCUGUUGAUCUAUGUUGGAAAAGUUCCGCCUCAGAGGCAGAUGAAGGGAGUGUGCCAACACCAUCGGAUGGUGUCUUAUUUCCAAAGGGUAAUCCAAUACCUAGUACAAAAAUGCUAAGUCUUUACAAGAGUGGUACCUUCACGCUAGAUGCUGUUUAUUCUGAUACAAGGGAUUUACCUCCAGGAACACCUCGGAAGAUUACCACCUUCACCAUUGGCCCCUUCCAAGCUACUAAAUCUGAGAAACCAAAGAUCAAAGUGAAAGUUCGCUUAAAUUUGCAUGGCAUUAUAACAAUUGAAUCAGCCUCUCUUAUAGAGAAGGUGGAAAUCCCAGUUACUGAGUCACCAGCUUCUGGAGAAAUGGAAAAGAAUAAGGAUGUUGAGCUUCAUGCAGAUGCAGCAGGGGAUGAUGCUGAAAAUGGUUAUGUCUCUACUGGAUCUACAUCUCCCAUAGCUAUUAACUCUGGACAGCAUAUGAAAAAGUCCAAGAGGACAGACACACCAGUUAAUGAGGUUGUCAAUGGAGGCUUACCGCAAGCGGAGUUACAAAAAGCUAUAGAAAAAGAGUUUGAUUUGGAAUUUCAAGAUAAGAUUAUGGAGGAGACUAAAGAUAAGAAGAAUGCUGUGGAAUCCUACGUAUAUGACAUGCGUAAUAAGCUUUUUGAAAUUUACCGCAACUAUGCAACAGAGUCAGAGCGGGAAGAACUUUCAAGAAAAUUGCAGCAAACAGAAGAUUGGUUGUAUGAGGAAGGUGACGAUGAAACCAAAGGAGUGUAUAUAGAAAAGCUUGAAGAACUUAAAACUAUUGGAGAUGCCAUUGAACAAAGAUACAAGGAGGAGGGAGCUCGUCCACAAGCAGCUGCUGACUUAAUGCACUAUAUCACUGUUUGUCGAAAUUUAGCUCAAUCUAGAGAUGCUAGAUAUGAUCAUAUAGACCCAAAAGAAAGACAAGAGGUUAUUGCUGAGUGUAAAAGAGCAGAGGAGUGGCUUAAUGGGAAAACACAUGAGCAAGAUUUAAUGCCAAAGUAUGCAGAUCCAAUACUUACCUCAGCUGAUAUCAGAAAGAGAGCCGAGGUUUUGGAUCGGUAUUGCAAAUCAAUCAUGACACAACCUAAGCCAAAAUCUAUUCCCAAGUCAGGUGAUGCAAAGGAUCCUAAGCAAAAUGCACCUCAUGGAGGUGAACAAUCAUCAGAGCCAAUGGAUAUUGAUAAUGAACAGUAUCCUGAGAAUACCCAUUCAGAAUGAAGAUCUUAAUCUGGAAAGGAUUCUUAGGUUUGAGUUGUGAACAUUCUUUACAAUACACAUUACAAAUGAAGACCCUACUCAAGGAAUAGUUUUGAAGGUGAAGUGGAACAAGUUUUACGUCAGUUCCAUGUUCAAACCCUGUGCGGAGUAUGUUACUUGAAUGAUAGUUUCUGCAUCUUAAUUUUGUGGGGCCCAUCUUGUAAUACAGAUCAUUUCUUCAGUUUUCAACUUAAUACCAUGUGCUAGUUAAGUACAUGGGCUGUGGAUAUUUGGGGUUUUGUCUCUCCAUUUGACCAUGUAAUUUGACAUAUAAAGCUAAUUAAGUACACAGGCUGCGGAUAUUUAGGAUUUUGUCUCUAUUUUAUUAUGUAAUCAGACAUAAAGCUAAUUACUGGCUUAUAUAGAUUCCGCCUCUAUUUGGGGUUUUGUCUCUCCAUUUGACCAUGUAAUUUGACAUAUAAAGCUAACUAAUUAAGUACA